AUGGUACUGUACCAUCACCAUAUUCUCAUCUUCAACGAUGUAUGUCCCGGAUGGGGUGAUGAUGCAGACAUUUUGGCGGCGUUACGCGUUAGCAAUUACAAUGUGGACGACUGUGUGAACACAUACCAUAGCAGCAUCGGUCGAGACGAAACGUUCACACCUCCACUGGUGGGUUCAAGCAGAAGUGCAGUGAAGUCUUCUAGCCACCGAUCAAUAUUAAGCUCCAAGCCUAAAUCUCAAGACACAGGAGAUGAUGCGCACCGUGAACUGAGUGCAGAAAUUGAGAAAUUGAUUGCUUAUCAACACGAGAGGAAGAAACGGGAAACAAAGGUUAUAGAAAAAGUAAUCACACCACUGCGGCUUGACCAGCCACUGCAGCAGUUGAAAGUCUUCUGCCAAGACGUUCGUGAUAUACUCCAUGGAAGCAAACAUCUCGUGGAAGAUUUUGUCAACACGCUAGUUCCCCUUAUCAAGCGAGGUCAUCGUAUAUUCUACGAGCAAAAUGAACGUCUCUUGGAUACUCAAGCCCUCUACCGUCUGGAAGCCCAACAACGCAGAUUGACCUAUAACACACUGAUCGAACUGCGCGGGAAUAUUCGCGUAUACUGUCGCAUCCGGCCGAUGGAUACGAUCAAUAGCAAUCCUACUUGGCUUAGUGCAAAUGAGAAUGGAGAGUUAAUUGCUUAUCUACCGAAUGCGGGAAGACGGAAAUUUCAGUUCGACCAUGUGUUCCAUGUAGAAGCCACUCAGGAGGAUGUCUUUAGUGAGAUAUGCGACAUAAUUGCUUCAUCUGUGGAUGGAUACAAUGUGUGCAUCAUGGCCUAUGGACAAACGGGAAGUGGGAAAACCUACACAAUGGAGGGACCCCCAGACAAGCCUGGAGUGAAUAUACUUUCAAUACGCGAGCUAUUACGCAUCAUAAACGAAAGACAGAAAGUCAGCUUUGAUCUUACCAUGAGUAUUGUGGAAAUCUACAAUGAAAAUGUAGUGGACUUAUUGAGCCCGACAAACUCAUGUGACAACGUGGAAAUUCGACAUACCGGUUCCGCUGUGAGCGUCGUUGGAGCUACGUGGGUUCGGGUGAAAAACGAAGCAGAUAUGCAGCAGGCCAUCAGCCUUGGACAAAAGGGCAGACAUGUAGCGGAAACAAAGCUGAAUUCGAGCAGCUCUCGAUCACAUCUAAUCGUAUCCGUGUGUGUUGUUGGAACGGAUAAAAUCUCUGGAGCAGUCAGUCGUGGACAGCUUACUCUCUGUGAUUUAGCCGGCUCGGAGCGCGUUGAAAAAUCGGGUGUCACCUCCGGUGAACGAUUUACCGAAGCAACUCACAUCAAUCUGUCUCUGUCCGCUUUGGCCCAACUUCACAUUCCUUAUCGGAACACCAAAUUGACGCAGAUGUUGCAACCUUGUCUCGGUGGAGAUGCAAAAACCUGCUUAAUUGUCAAUGUCACUACAGACUUGAGUAGCCUGUCCGAGACCCUGUCAACCUUACAAUUUGGAGCUAGUGCCAGACAAGUGGCUCUUGGACCGGCUAAGGCACAUGUGACCAACAAUUGCAAUCGAUGA